AUAAGAGAAGGUACACUGAAGUGAACAAAACUGGGAGUGAAGGUUUUAUUUCGUUAGCGUGAGUCAGGCGAACCUCGGAUUGAACAGGUAGCUGCUAAAUCUGUGAUAAGGUUGAGUUUUUUUUAGGAAAUGUUCAUUGCUAUUCAUUAUUGACUUUCCUAACGCUGUAGCCAUUAAGAAGCUUUUUCAACAAGGUAUAUUAUGAACGAAUAUUGUGCCUUAGAUCAUAACAAUUUGUCUGAGUAAUUUACUAUUCGUUAUUUUUUGUCACGCCGAUUGAGGCGCUGUUGCCAUAAACAGUCAAGAUUGUAAGAAGGAAAUCAUGUCUCGCAUGCUGAAUACCUUGCUGGUUUUGUUUGCCAUGGAAUUGCCGAAGGCGUUGUGUUGUUUACCAACACAGAAAGCGAGCUUCUUGUUUUUAAUUUACCGAAUUACCAUUAUUUUUUUAGGCUGAUCACAAAACAUCAGCUUUCAUCACAACAAUCCCGGGCUUUUCGUUCAAGGAUCAUGCCAGUUUCAAAUAGUUCUGGAGAAACAUGCAAUGGGUUCGUAUCAUAAGCAUCCACCUGGAUUUAACACAUAUGAAAAGUCCUGUCCAUCAUGAAAACUGGCACCUUAGUUGAUUAUUAAGUAUGAAGAAUUUUUCGCGAAGUGGCUUUCAACGUUCAUGAUUGCAGUUGUUUGGUCGAUUUCUUUUCCGUUUAUUUUACAAGGACAAAGUGAAACUCUAUAUGUAAGGUUGAUAGGUCGGAUCUAUGAGUCAGAGAGACAGUGGUGUUAAUCGACAACACAGUUUGGAAACUGGUCUUACUCAGGCAAUUCGUCCAAUGCUAAUAUGCGCCUCGGAAUCAAGUGUUUCCGUGAAAAACCAGCAGGUAUGAUCAAUAGCUUAAUGUAAGCUCAUGAUAAGUUUUUUUAACCUCUGCUCAGAAACUUAGCUUAUGCUUACAUUACUGUAGUCAAAUAAAUUAUUAUACUGUAGUUGCCGGCUAGGUACUAGGGAUUAGGUCUAACUGCAUAAUCUACCCAGUUUAACAGUAAUUCUUUCGUGGUUAAUUAUUAAAUAAGCCGAUUCUUUUCACACAAUAACAAGAAAAUUCUGUUGAAAUAUUACAUCCUCAAACGAUAAGCAUGUCCAAUUGUUUUGUUUAGUGUUCUCUUCUAAAAUGCCUUUGUACUUUAAGACCAGUUAUUUAUAUAGGCUGAUCUGUGGGUGAAUUUUUCUAUUAGAGUUUAAGACUCGAGAAAAAUGAGUUGAACACAAAAGAAAAUGUCUCUGUCUACAAUAUAAUACAGGAAGUGACUAAAAAGGUCUCAAAUAUGGCAAAGAAACAUUGGUAUGCUUGUGAAUAAACCAACUUUUUAUAUGAAAUUGUCCGUCUUGAAGUGGUGUUCAGCCGAUAAAUACUGACGACUUAAGAGAAAGAUGGAGUUUAUGUUAUCAGUAAAUUCAGUGAUCAAUAUGGUAUACUCUGUAUUAUGUACAAGACGUUGUCAUUUGUGGAAUGUGUCUGAAUGACACAUCUCCGAGGACAUCUGUGGAGGGGCAAUAUUCAUUCAGUUCUGAUCUCCGGCAUGUAUUACCUUCCGAGGAGAGGCUUCUUUUUGGCAUGCUUUAAGCAGUUAUUAAGUUGUGCGUGUGGCUUGUCAGUCCCAUACUCUGUUUGUCUGCACCAUCUUUCGAGACAUAAACAAACACACUAUGCGACUGACAAGCCUUCAAUAAAUUGACUUUGUAAAUACUAAAAGCCAUGCCAACAAGAAACCUUUGCUUCCAGGGUAGCAUUUAUUGGUGCAUUAAAAAGUGCUGAUAGAGGGUAUUUUCAAGCAAACACUAAUACAACACACAUUUGAAUCCCAGGCCUGUUAAAAGGUAAAAUUCUUUUCAAAUUGUGGCAUUUUAGUUGGUGUAAAUGGUUGAGAGACCAAAAAAGUGCAAGUGUUCUGAAUCACCCCAAACUUUGACUUUGACAAAAAUUUAAGUGAAAUUGAAGUUGCUCUUUGGGGGCACGCAAAGACUGAGACUUUCAACUUUUUUCCUGGGGACAUUUGUCUUGGUACUGUAAAUACGAAUUAAAAAUCCAUGAUUCAUCGAGAACAAACUGUAGCUAAAGAAUGACUGCCAUAAAAGUAUAGAACUGACAUAAAGCCAUUCAUGAACUUCCAGAUUUAGUUUUGGCAACAUGUAAUGUAAAUCUAGUAUCAGAAUUUGUGGGUGAAAUUUGUAUAGCACAGUACUACUAUUCUGCUUUUCAAUAUUUUACAACAAAGAAUGGCGUCUCACUUGAAUUUUGAUAUUUGGCACUCUUGAGAGUUAAAGGUCAAGUUCUUUAACUUUCAAAAGAAAUUUAUUGAUGGCUGAUUAUUGAUCCACAUCUUCUGUGAAUAGACAUAACAGGGUCGUUGAAUAAUUCAUAACUCUGAUCUUGUUUAUUUUAGCUACUUGUAAACCCUUGCAAUCAAAGUUUCGUUUCAGACUGUGAUGUCAGAAAAUAUAUUGCCAUCAUCUAAAUUACCCCUUAUUAAUUUACAAAGUUACACUGUAGGUGUUAUUUUAGUUAACAAAAUGUCACCUGCUUGGCUGAAUAAUUAAUUAUUAUGGACUAAUAAUCUUGGUGUAGUAUGCACACACUUGAUAUAAGGUUAUUUGAAAUGAUUUGUUUUCUUAAGGGUUCGGAUCAGCUCUCUGUACCCCAGACUACAGAAUCAAGAAUGGCAAAAAUGAAAAAGAAAAUUAGCUCUCCUCUUUUGAAGAGAAGAAACCCGAGUGAUGGUGAGAUAUUCCUAUUCCAUAUUUAGCUACAGCGUAAUGCAUAAUAUUAUUAAGUAAAGAGCAGAUUUUAACGCUGGGAAGAAUUUAAGCAAUUUGUAGCUACAUCUGUUGUGAAUGAUUGCUUUUGGUAUCACUCUCCAAAACUCUGCUCAUGACCUAAAUGAAUGAACAGACCAAUGCCAUUGCUGGGAAAGGUCAUUCACUGUAGAUCAAGAAUUAAAGGUGCUUUGUAAUGUGGGUAUGGCUAUGUUAAUUAAUUCAUACUGUAUGCACAUACAUAUCAUUAUGUUUGAACUGUAAAUGAACUGAGAAGGAAUUAGGUUUUCAUAAUUUAUUAUUAUUUCGCUGUCAUAUUCACAUGUGUUAUUAUUAAUUUUAUGAGGUCUUUUUUGACACAGUGCUGUGUGGAUCCCUGUAUAAGGCACUUCAUAUGUGUUGGCUAUUUUCCUGUUAUCCUAUAGAGGUCUAUAUAAUUGUGUUUUAUAGUAUUGGCUACCGAGUAAUGUGAUUUAUAACUCCUUGGCUUUUCUACUUGACAGUACUCCGAGGUCAACUUUUUUCAGAGUUUGCUAUUGUCAACCUAAAAUCAUAAAAAUAGUGUUCUCUAAGAAUAAAAAUUUAAUGUUGAUUGCUGGAAAGAAAAGUAACUUUACAUGAGAGGUUUGAAAUAAUAAAAAAAUGGCUGCCCAACUGUAUCACAAUUGAAUCUGGAGGUACAUGUGACAUCUCAAACCCCAACAAUCCUGGGUUAACCAAAUGCCUCGCUUAAGUGGAAGGUGGGUGCCUGGGAUACCCAGGGGCUUCCACUGUGGCCAGCCAGCCCCUAGAUAGAAAACUGCCCCCAUGGUUGGCAGAUCCCCGCAACCCAGCCAUGAGCCCCCAUUCCAGGCACCCGUCACACUGAUGAAACAGUGGAAGGAAGACAAAUAGGGAUGGGAGGGGGGGAAGACGCUAAAUGAACCGCUCCACAGACCACUGCACAAACGCUCGACGAAGAACUCGCAGAUCCUAGCUGUGUACAAAGCUACCACAAACCAUGUGAGCCUGCACUUAUGGGAUUGACCACUGGAUGCCCGCUACGCUCGUGGGCCGCUUGACCGCUAAGCUUGUGGACCGCUUGACUGCUUAACUUGUGGACCACUAAACUUGUGGACCGCUUAACUGCUAAGCUUGUGAACCGCUUGACCGCUAUGCUUGUGAACCGCUUGACCGCUAAGCUUAUGAACCGCUUGACCGCUAAGCUUGUGGACCGCUUGACUGCUAAGCUCGUGGUGUUAGUUAAAUUACUUUUAACCAAAUUAGAAAAUGCUAACAAUAAGCAAAACAGACAGUAAAUGAUUAUUUUACCCAAAAUUAAAUGGUGGUGAACACUACAUUGUAGAAUGAUAAAACACUAUGCUUUGGCUUGUUAUCACCAAACACAGGUCACCAAAUCGGCAAGUUCAAUGCAAUAUUUUGGUUGUGGAAAUUAUUUUCUACUCACCUUGGUAACCAAAACAGUUGAACUUUAAUUUGAUCGCUGCUUGAGUGCAGUCUUCUCUCCAGUCCUCUCUAGCUUACUGCUUGUUAUAUCUGUUAAUAGUCACCAAGUUAAAGAUAGAAAUGUCAUGAUAGGUGAUGAUUUUUGUUACUGUGGUGCAUUUCUCAACCCACCAUUACAAAUGGGUAUAAAGUACACCAUACACUUUCCCUGCACUUCACAAGGUUACUUGCAUAUACCAUCGUUAGAAGCUGAAAGGGUGCGUUGAAAAAGGCCCUAAGCUACGUGUUACGUAGUAAGGGACUUUUGAACUUAUGUCAGACAUUCCUUUUGUUUCACAAACAAGUGUGACACAGUUUGGGACAAGAGCUUUUCAGAAUUCACUUAAAGCUUUCUCCUCUUCAAUUUCAAAUUACUGCAGUAUUUUGGGAAGGAAAUCUGGUCUUAAGUACUGUAAAAUUAAUUUUAUUGCCAUUUAAAGUGGGUGGAACUGGAUUACAAGAGUAGUUGCUCAAAGUGUCUUUAGUGAUACUCAAGUGGUGUUGGGUGAAGAAAUAAAUUUUACUGAAGCAAAAGGGAACUAACAAGAAGGCAAAUUACAUAAAAGAUGAUCAUCUCUCAUUCACAGCUUAACGACACACUGGGGAACUAAAGAUCACUGAAUUUUUUCUAUAUUUAAAUUUAAACUAUACUGUUACUUGUUAUUGUUGAAGGUGUGACUGUGGUGGGCAACAAGACAUUUGGAGUUUCUAUUGAUGACUUACUAAGAAAGUCUGAUGGAUGCGAAGUGCCGCCAGUUGUCACAACCAUUGUAGAAUUCCUUGAAAAGCAUGGUUAGUUACACAAUUUGUCUUUGGAAAUAAGUUUCAGUGGUAAAACAUCAUUUUGUAAUUAACUUCUAGAAUUGGGAAUUAGAGUAAGGGGAAGUAGGAGAAAAUAACAAUAAAUUUGAGAUUCCAACUUUUAUGACAAUUGUUAAGGUAUACUGUAAUAUUGUUGAUCCUGGCAUUGUGUGUAAUUGAAUUAAAUCUAUUGCGUAGAUUGAAAACUUGACAGAUAUUGUACAUGUUUAUAACUCCAGACAAAAGCAGUUAGAGAUACAGUGAGACCUGUGAUAACUGGGUCCCCUUUUAAGUGGGCACUUUAUAUUAUGCAAAUAGGAACACCAGUGAAACAAACUGUGUUUAAAAGAGAUUUGUGCGGGACCCAGAGGCGUCUACUUAAAGCUGUAGGUUUCAUUGUAACCUCAAAAUAUUUACAUUAACACCUCUGCCCAGGAAGGGUACAGAACGAAGCUUAAUUAGUUCUAUUUGGAUGCAUACCAUUUCUGUAACAAUUACACGUCAAUGUACAGAAAGAUGGCAAAAGUUUCAAGAAAUAAGAUUCAGUGUAUUUAUUUGCAUAUAUUUUUAGAAAGAUGCUACCCCUCCCCUCCCCUCCCCCACCCCUGUUAUUUCUCUUGCACCCAGUCUGUUUAUGAAUAUUCUUGAUUAAGAGCAACUUUCUCUGGAUGGCCAAACAAUGGAAAAAAAUGCCCUAUCUGCUGCACCCGUACUAGGUAAACAAUAAUUGACUUGACUGACUACUUCAAUGAUAUCUGGUCAUUAUAAGCUGAAUCUUGCAGUGAAUGACAAUUGUUUGCUUUUUUUAGGCUUGAGCCAUGAAGGAAUAUUUCGCAUAAGUGGUAACUACAAAGUGGUUGAAUCUCUUAAGGCAACAUUUGAUAAGGGUAAAGUUAUUUAAUGAUCUUAAAGUUUAAUGCCUACCAUUUGAAUUUUGAUCAAUCAGGGCUGUCACCAAGAUUUCUCCUUUCAUCUGCAGUAAGUAGGCAGGAAAUUGAUCAGCUUGGAAGCUCUGUUAUUUCUACUUUCAUUUUGUUUCCUGUGAAAGUAGCCGGGGAUCAUGCACAUGGUAGCUGGUGGAAAUCCCUGGUCCCCAGCCCUUACUGACAGCCCUGAUCAAGAAAAUGUACUGUAACUGCAUUUUUGAAGAUGUUUUUUUUAUGUACUACAACUGCAUAUACCGGGCCGAAAUAACUUUAAAUAUAAAGGAACUGGUGAUUGAUGUUGAUGUUAAGAUAAAUGAUUUAUUUGCCUUUUGUUCAAAAGUUUCCUUUAUGGCUGUUGAGUGCCAAAAUGACUUUGUUCAUGUUGGUUCUUCCAGGUCUCUUUACAGCAGAGAGGGCCCUGGAGCUCCCUAAGUGAAACUGUUGAAAAAUUAUUGGUUGUCAAGUUUGCCUUAAACUGUAUCGUGGUUUAGAUAUUUUUAUUGAAUCAUUCCUUCAAAAACAAAACUGUAGUCAUGAUAAUUUGAGGGGGACAGAGAGCAAAUUUAUUUUUGUUACUGGAAAUAUCUGGAUGUUGCAAUUGUUCAUCAAUAGAAUGCGAACAAUGACUUUGUGUGCAAUUCCACAAUAUUAUUGUUUUGGCUCUGUUGAUGCUGAGCUCAGUUUAUCAUGAAAUGCUACAUAGUGAUUUCAGAAGGCAAUUUUUUGCUCCUGUUUACUGAGUUUUUGUUGUAAUCAAGAGAAUAUGCUGGACAGAAAGAUGUGUCACAGUGGUUCUGAAACUGUUUUAUAAAUGCCUCAAAUCUAGAUGGUGAAGCUGACUUGGAACAAGUUGGGGAUGUCAUGGCUGUAGCUGGUCUACUUAAACUUUUCUUGGUAAGCCUGUAAACAACAACUUUUGUUUGGUUACAUACAAAAAUAUACAAUUUAAAAAGGUGAUAAACUUUUUCAAGGUAAUAAACUUUUUUGGAAUGUGCAGGUAAAAAAGGAACAGAAUUAAUUCUAAGCAGUCAAUCCUAAACAUGUAAAAUAUGGCCACCCAUGGCAGGGAUGUCACUAAGAUUUCAAGUUGCCGGGUAUAUACAAUUAGUAGGUGGGGGCCAGAACUGAACAGCCAGGGAUCUUGGGAAUUGGUUUCAUUUUCCUUUUGUUCCCUACGAAAGUAGACAGGGGUCAUGCUCUGUGGGAAAUUCCCAGCCUGUGGCCCUUAGUGACAGCCUUGCAUGGGAAGUGGCCAAUAGACAACUAAAGGUGGCAGUCUGGUUGUUUUUUUGUUCAUUAAUGAGCUCAGGGGCACUUUGUUGCGGCGGGCAAUGAUAUCGUAAUUGUCUACUAAAAUUGUUCCCUUCAUACAUGUAUUUUAAUUUUCAACAACCACCAAAUCCAAUAUUUUCCAAUAAAUUGUUCAUAAUUUGAACAAUCUUCCCCAAUUUCUAUUCAUUUGAAACGUUAGAAAAACCAACCAAAAACUCCCAAACAUGUACAGUCGAACCUCUCAGCACGGACACCUCUCUAAUAUGGACACCUCUAUUAGGGACAGUUUCCAAUGUUCCGACAGCAUUCUCAUAUAUUUUCUUUAAAAGAAAAACCUCUAUAAUACGGACCCUCUCUAAUAUGGACAACGGACACUAAAUCUAGGCCCCAGAGAGUAAAUUCAUAUAAACUUAACCUCUUUAUUACGGACACUGGUGAUCUGGUGAAUCCCAAUCAGGUGAAUCUGCACAGGUUGAAUCCCUUAUAGUCUGGCUGAUGAGCUAUGCAAGGUGAUAUAAAGCCCAGUCACUCUACACCAAACAACGAUUUGUGAAAGGUGUACAGAGGAACAUAACCGACAUUUUGAAGGCUUCAAUAACCACAGAUAGCAUAAUGAUCUUUUCUAUUACCUUUAGUACUCUAGGUACUGUUUACUGGACUUACAAAAUAGUAAAAGAUGCUGUCAGAAUUGUGCUUUACAUUACCACUUUUUACAUGCAGCAUUGCACUGCGGCUUGUUUUGUUUAAAACAGUAAUUUGUCUGUAGCUGACAAGUACAAUGUUGUAUGCUAUGGAAAGACGUUGUCUUUGUACUGUGAGUUAAUAACUUUAAAUGCAGUUUAAAGAUAGUGUGAGCCUGGUUUUAGCUACGGAACACUUUAAACUGUAAGUGGAGUAAUAAAAGUGACGUCAUCAUAGUGACCUCUUUCAUAUAGACACCUCUCUAAUACAGACACUUUGCUCUGUCCCUUCGGAUUUCAUAUUAGAAAGGUUCGACUGUAUUGAAUGAAUGACUCUGAUCCUUUUUAGCCAUUUUUGGAUUGAAUUAAAAAUCUUGCGUAGAUUUAGAUGGAAAAAAUGUAAACAAGUGAAAAACAAGCCUUUUCACCCCCCUUCCCACCCUCACUUUAAUAUAGUUUUGACAAGCUUAAGAGUAAGCUUAAGAAAGAAGAUCGUUAUAGCGGUAGAAGGAAGGAUUUGUACAGUGGGUUGGUGCAUGGCCUUCUGUGCAGGAGGUUCCAAGUUCCAUGUCAAAAGGUUUUCAUCUCUUCCUAAAAAAAAGAAAUUACAGGUCAUACACAAGUGUGUUUUUUGCUUUGGUGUAACAGAGUCCAAGGUAAUGGAAUUAUCUCAGUAUUGGGACCUAUAGGUGAAAUGAGAAAAGAGUUCAAUCCCCUAAAGGUUUUUUUUAGGACACCAACAUGAUGGCUGCCCUUUCAUUAUUUGUAAACCAAUUGUAUGCAUGGCUGCUGUGACGUCAUGUUGGAAAGAUCUAUAGAGGUCAAGUUUGCUGUAACCAAGGGAUUGAUUUAUUUCCUGGACUUUGGCAAGUAGCCAUUUCAUUUAGGGUUAAUGCUCAAUCAUUGUUUCGUACAGAUGAAGACUAUCCUUUUUAAUGUAUAUUUUUUGGGUCCACACAGAGAGAAUUGCCAGAUCCUCUGAUCCCUCAGAAUCUGACUGCAGAAUUUAUUAAAAUUCAUCAAGGUAGGUGUACUUAUUGUAUUUUUUAAUGAUAGUGUAGAAUAAUGAUGAUUGAUAUAACAUGUACUAGAUUGACCACUACAGUAUGUCUAUCAGAUUAGCUGUAGCUGUAGCUGGACAUUAGACAAAUAAAAGGUCGCUGUACUGUGACAUUUAAUGUCUUUUUUUCUCAAUCUAUAAGAAUUAUCUGAAAAUCAAUUGGUGAGUUUAUUUUGUGGAUUACUACUUGAUUAUUAGUGUAGACUUCCCCAUAGUCAUUCAGAAGGUAAUUCAACUACUAUACAUUUGUAGUAUUUGUGAAGUUUUAAUUUCGCCUUAAAAUUCAUAACCUUGAUGUGAUACUAGCCUGAGAAAACAGGUGACAUUUUGUGACACCACCAAUGGUUUCCUGUGAAAUGACAUCUGACAAACGAGCGCAGAAAUUCCAUGCUGAUGAUGUGUCACUACCCAGAUCUGGGUUAAGUGCUUCUGAUUGGUUGAAGCAGUACCCAGAUCUGGGUAGUGUCACAUCAUCAGUAGGGAAUUUCUGCGAUCACUUCUCAGACGUCAUUUCACAGGGAAACCGUUGGUGGCGUUGUGAAAUGUUGUCUGUUUUCUCAGGCUAAUUUGUGAUACAAGUUAUUGACUUUUUCCCGCUGAGAGUCUUAUGUGUAAAUGCUCUUUUGGCAGCCCAAAAAGGUGACAGUUGUUCUCUAUCAGAGAUGAAGUCCCUGCUUGAGAAGCUUCCAUCAUCUAAUUAUCAGUUACUAAAAUACCUGUGCAAGUUCCUUGUGAAGGUGUCUAUGAAGGAAGGUACAAUGUACAAUUAAUAUUCUUUUAAGCCUCUUAAAAUUUCAAGCAUGUAGGGUUGAUCCAUACAUUUUGCAUACAGGUGUCUCAUUUGCUUCCUUGACUUUCACACCAUCCAACAUAAUUUGUUGAUUUUAGGUAUUUGCUAUUUCUUGCUUUUGUAAUGUAUUGUAAUCUACCGGUAUGUAGUAACCUCUUGUAACAGAGAAACUUGAUUGGAUAACAAUAGGAAAGGGUUAUGGAAGGAAGCUCUCCACAUGACAGUCCUUCUGAUAUGCAGAUGACUGUUAUGUUUCUGAUUUUAUUCUGGCUUCACAUACAUUGUAGCUGAACCAAAAUUGCUUUAGGAAUGUAGACCAACAGUUGCACAAGGCCGUCCUCUGCUGUCACAUGUAGAAGUCUAUCAGUUAAUUAUACACUGUAGUUUUUUGAAACCACCGUCCAUUGAAAACUGUCAGUAGGAUUACUGUGCAUUAACUUAUGUGAAGAGCAACAGUGCUGAUUUGUUUAAUUCUUUUUUUGUUAGAAAAUAACAAAAUGAGCUCCAUGGCAUUGUCCAUAAUAUUUGGACCCAAUCUCUUCAGGUAAACUCAUUAUAGAUUGACCUCUCUUAACAGACACACCGCAUUUAGUAAGCACACCAAGAGAAAAUUCCAUUUGAAGUCUUAACUUUCAAAACACCUUUUCUGUAUUUCCUGUGUCCACUUAUGCUUUCCAAGGUUGUCUGUUCAAGAGAUCUUCAAUUGUGGUCCUGAGCAUGCAUGAUGAUGGUGAAUAAUAUGCUAACCAUUGAAACCCAUUAAUUCAAUGCAAUCACCCAAGGCUAUGAGAAUCUUGCUUCAAACGGGGUGGCUGAAAGGCAGGGUUCUUUUGUAAGAGUGGACUGGAUGCCACUGUUUCAGAGCAAUGAUUUCCCUACAAUUUUUCUUGGAGAAUAACCUUGUUGAUGGAAUCAUUGGACCAUCAUGUCACAUGUAGCUUAGAAUGGACAAAAACAUGCACAAGUCUUUUUUUCCUGCUAUGUAAACUAUCUCUGUAAUAGGGUGACUUUUCACUGUGAUGAUUGUCGUGUUGGCCAUAUUGGUGUACUAAAAUGAUGAAUUGGUGGCUGUAACAAUUGAUGUUCCAAGAAACUAAAAUAGCAACAGACCACUUCUAAAGCAUGAAAAUCCACCAUGAGAUGGGCUUUGAUUAACACCCCAAAGAUAGGGUGGGUAUUUUCCAUGCCUUCUUACAUUGUGCAUGGUAUUCCCUCCUCUCUGUAUGUCUGUGACAUGAAUGACUUGACAGUAAUGGUGGAACAAUUAUCAGAAAUUCUUUAAAUGUGGUUUUGAUAGAAGAUGUUAAAUAUUGAAAACUGAAUAAAUAUACACUGUAUUAUUAUUUUGCAGGUGUAAAGAUGGAAUAGAAGGUCUAAGAGAACAAGGCCAUACAAAUGCAAUCGUUUGCAAGUUUAUAGAAGAAUUUGACACUUUAUUUGAGGUUUGCUGCUAAUGUUAUUUCUUGUUCAUUGUCUUGGUAUUACCUUAAAUUGUACCAUUAUUCUGAAAAGCCUUCUUCCCCCCUCCCCCCCUGUAGGGUCCUAAACUAUGGAAGUGAUGGCAACAGCAACAUUUUAUAAAAGUAACUGGUUAAAUAAGCAAAACAACAAGCACUGCACUUACAUCAUGCUUUUUCUGUCUAUUUCAACAAAUUGCAGUCCCUGCUCAACUACAAUGUGAAAUGAACACAUUUUUAGUUCUCUUCAGGAUGUGAAUUAUGCACUCCGAUUAGUUAUUAUGCUUCACAAUGAAAUGUUAUUUUUGUAUUUUUAGGUGUCUCCUUAUGCUACUACUGAGAUAUUCAAGGUUCAAGAGGCCAAGUAAGUGGGUCUUUUUUUACUUAUCAGCAAAGAUUGCAUGGUAUAAUUUUGUGCAUGAAUAUCCUUUAGACAAAUCUUGAUGGAUUUUUUUAAUCAAAGAUUGCAGGGGAUAAUCACUCCAUGAGAUUAAUAAAUGAAUAUUUAUUAAUUUUUGUUUUAUUCUUGCAUUAUAUUAUUAGUCACCCUGAAAACCAUUAAAAUAAUUAUAACUGUUAUGUAAAUAUUUUAGUACAUGGUGUAGAAGUGUAAUGAUCAUCAGAGCUUUUUGCUAUUCUAGGUCAAAUGAUUCUGUACUACAGUUGGCAAGAAAAUAUCAUAAAGUAAGAGGAUAUGCUUGUAAAGAAAGAACAUAUUUAUAAAACAAUAGAAAAUAUGUGUGGACACUUGAAUUAUAUGUUGCUUAAUUAAUCUCCAGUUGAGUUGCCAAAAUGAUGCGAUCAAAUAAAGGACAAGUACCUGUUUUUCAUUAGAAUUAAGCUUUUGAACGGUUUCCUUUUCCAUGGAACUACCAGCUGUGUGGAUGUAAUAUAUCAAGCAUGAGAUGCAGUGUUUCAUCACCAGAUGGAACACCGAGAAGAGAGUUGAAAAUACGACGCACAGCAGAGUAUUUUUGACGAACUUCGAGGUGUUUCAUCUAGUGAUGAAACACUGUUUUGAAUGCUUGAUAUUUCUUCUCAAACAAAAUGAUUUUAGAAGGAAAAAUUAAGGAUGUAAAAUGAGCAGUUUUCCAUCUGAUUUCUAUCAACUCACUAAACAUUAAUUUUUAUAAAAUUUUCUUUAUGAAUUGCUAACAAGUUUGAGAAGUACAUGUAAUGCAUGAAUAUGCUGGUAUCUUCUUGUACCUCACCCUCCCCCUCUCAAGCCCCUACAUAAUUUAUUGUGAAGGAGAAGAUACAGUGUGAUUUGAAAAUGUUUGCAAAUUGUUCUUUUUUUUUGCAUUAUGUUAUUGACAAUUUUUAUUGUUAUCCCACAGGUGGGGAAUGAUAAACCAGAAAGUUCAGCCAGUGAUGAAGAAUCCUCUCAUUUAACUGGUGACAAAGACAGAACUGAUCAUGGAGAUGAUGGUCCUACUUAUGCAACAGUCAAGAAACCAAAAAAAUCUUUACAUCUUUCAACAAAGUGAGUAAGAUUUUGGAUUACCAUUUUGUAUAAUAAAUUAUGACUGAAGAAUGUAAAAUUGAUGACAGUCCAUGUACUUUUCGGACACUUUUUAGACCAGUAAUUAAGCCAUAAAAGUCAUUAAUUACCAGUAGCUUAUUACAAGUAUUGGCUCUCUUAGGCCAGUUUCAAACGUUGUGUUACCGCCGUGCCGAACUCAAUUGGUUGAAUUAAAUUUGACUUUGGCACGGCAAAAGCACAGCGUUUGAAACCAAGUCGUGGUACUGCUGUGCUACGCAGCAGUGGCUCGACUUGGUUUCAAACAUCAUGCUACUGCCGUGCCAAACUCAAUUCAUAAAUUGUAAAUACAUCAGAAUACAUUUAAAAGUUUGCUAAACUGUUUGUUUAUUUUUGUGUUUUGUUUUCGGCGACAGCCGUUCUAUUCGACUGAAUUAAAUUCGACGUCUGAAAGCAAGUCUUGCUAGUGUCAUGCUUCAGUCGAGCCAGCUUAGCACGGCAGUAGCAUGACACUAACAGUUGCAUGACACUUGAAACAGGCCUUAGAAAAUUGAUAGCUGUCAACAAUAAUUUGUCCAGCUUAACUAAAGAAAGGCUACUGAUUUGUUUGUUGACAACUUUUAAGCAGUAGUUUGUCCAGUUAUGUCUGAUUAGAGCUGUAUUUUAAUUGGUUCAUAAUGACAUUGCUGUGACUGAAGUAAACAUUAGGGCCAUUUAUACGAGGAAAAAUAAGAUGCAUCUUACAUAGGACGCAUCUAGAUGCGAACUUUCCGUAUAAACGGCACAUAUCAUCAAAAAUAAGACGCGGCUUAGCUAAGACACGUCUUACUUAUUUUAUUUAUUGUAAGACGCGUCUUAUUUUUCCUCGUAUAAAUGGCCCUAUUAUGCCAGUGUAUUAUAAUAUAAUGAUACCAUUAUUUGUAUCACAGUCGACUUUUUAUAUUUGAGAGUUUGUACAUUUCAACAACCUCUCUUUUUUCAGGGUGAGGGUGAUGGUGGUGGUAGGGGGUCUCCUCCUUUGUCUGUUUUGUUUGACAUUGUUUACAAAAACAAAAUAAGAGGAAAUUCAUUGUCUGCCUUCUUGAAGUUGAAUUUCAUUGCACCUGUUUUACUGAUUUGCACAAGGUCAGAAGUAUUUACCAAUUCCAUUUCUGAUUCUGAUUAUUGGGAAAUAUUCAUCAUUCACAUGUAUACGCGAAUAGUGAAGGCUUUGUAAGAGGAAUCUUUUACCAAUAUUAGAGUCUAUUAUUUCCUACUCUAUUAUUGAAGGCACAUUAUUUUUUAAGUUUCCAAGCAAGGAAAACAGCAUUUCCAUAGUUUUAAACCCUCUCCUACACAGUCUUGUUACUGACAUUCAUGAGCCAAAAGCAUAAUUCAAAGUAUUUUUCUAUACACUCUCUUUUUUCUAUAAGAAUAUAUUUUAUAAGAAUAUUGAGGCUGAAAUUUGCAAAAUUUUAAGAAUAUUUUAAGAAUAAACGCGAAGCUGAGAUUUUAAAAAGGAUGAUUAUUUUGAGUGAUGAAAAUCUAAAAAAUGUGUUUUUAACUUAACCGUUACAAUUAUUAUUGCUUCCUCCCAUGGCAAAACUACCCAACAAAGUAAAGAAACCUGCAUUGGUUAUAGCCAAAUGUUCAGUGCAAAUGACAGGUCGAUGAUCAGGACAUGAAAUACAUAUCUUAGUAUACAGUUAAAAAGAAAAAAUGAACAAACUGCAAAAAGGAUAUGAUAAUUCUUUCUUUUUCCAAAAAAAAAGAAUGCAACAGUUAAAGGUUACCAAGAAUGUAAUAUUUGAUGAACAAUCCUAUGGCUGUUGGCUUUCAAAGAAUAUUCAGGAUUACACACUGUAAGCUUGCUGUUGGGUGCUUUUUAGAAACAGUGCUAUAUGAGUUAUUACAUCACGUAAAUUAUCAUUAAUAAUAUGUUAGUAAUUAUUAACCCUCAAAGUCUUUCACCUCUCCAGUUGGAAGGUAGAAAGGUCACACAUCUGUAUUAGUACAUUGUCCAUGUGUCUCCGGAGUGAGAACUGAGAAAAUUGUUUUCAUUGCUUUUUAUCUCAGUCAUCAUGAAUUUCCUUCUCACAAAUACUACCGUAUGAUAUUUGCAUUUGUCAAGGUGAUAUUGGGACUUGCCUCAGUAAAGCAUGAACAAGUAGCUACAAUGUAUAUGACUAUUCCUAAUUGGCACUGAAAUGUUCAGCAUGCUUCAAUGAUCUCAAUAUUUCCAAUGCAAAUUCAGAUAGGACUGCAAGUAGAAAAAGCUGCUUUAGGGGCAUUUUAGUUUUCUGCAAUACGGUUUGAAGAGUUUGUGUCACAAAUAACAGUAACAGUGGACUCAGUCUUCAAGUAUCAAUUAUUGUAUUACAUAUUAUGCUGUCUUGCUCCUUUGAAUGUGUGGAGUAUAUUGAGUCUAUGCAAAAAUAACAGCAAUUAUUUUCAUGUUGUCAUCAAAACUAACAUAUUGUAAUUUAAGAGAGACAUUUACAUAGCUUUAAUGGUCCAAUACUAUCAAAAAACAAAUCGAUUGAGACUUGAGCAUCAUGUUUGAUUCAAGGUACGUUUUUGCAAUACCAAGGAAUAUCUCUCUGGCAGUCUUGUUUAGCUAUCUAUUACAUGUAUGUCAAUUCAAACCUCAAACCUACAUUUACAAUUAACAUUGGUUGAAGACAAAAAACCAGUUCAUUAUUGUUGGGAAAAAUAGUUGCAGCCAGUCAUCCUCAACUUUAGUUUUAGAAAAAGUCUGUGAAAGGUUUGAACCCAGGAGUCUUUUCAUAAGUAGGUAUAUUUGACUGAUUUUAACAGUUUGGUGUACUUGAAAUAUCAGUGAGAAAACAUUUCCCAUUAACACAGUAUAAAAUCAUUAUUUUUCCUCUCUGCUGCACCAAGAGCAUUAUCAACUCUUAUAACUUUUCUGUAAAGGACUUGUUUUAAUUUUCCUUGUGUGAUAUUUACAUUAUCCACCUGUAGGUCCUGGUAUGAUGUAUUUUUUGUUUGCAUUUAAGUGCAUGUUUUGCUAUAAUAAUUGAACUGUAGAGAAGAAGCAGAUGGCCCGGGACUUUUGAGUAAUAAUGCAAAUUUAGCUCUUAUUCCAGACACAAUGUCUAGGGGUUUAAUUCUUAAAAGGAAGCUCCAUCUGUUGUAGCAGGACAUGAUAUUUUUUGUUUUCUACAAAGAACAAUUGAAUGUUUGUGCAUAUAGUCAAUAUUUUAUUAUUUUAAAAAGCAACAUGGGCUUUUGUGUCAUUCUAUUCAUGCUCAAUUAUGAAUUAUAUACCAAAUAAUCCCUGACCAGUAUUUUCUUAAAUAAUUAAAAUGGACACAUUUCUAAAAUUAAUAUUCACUGCACCCAGCAGGUGUUGUUGUGGAAUUGCCUAUUAUAAUUACUAUUUUCUAGAUGUAUAUAGCAUUCAUUUAUUUCACUACUUUCCAUAUGUCGACAAAUAUUUCUAAUAUGUUGUCAUGUUCUGUCUAGUGUUUCUUCCUCCACGGAAGAUUCGGGCAUGUAUGUCAGGUCUGUCUCUCCAUCAUGGAACACUGAAAACAGGUAAGCUUGAACUGACAUAACCUUAAUUUUUAUUUUCCUUAGGUUUUAUUUAAUUUGUGGGAUUUGGAAUUAUUUUUUUUGCAAGGAAACUGCACUGCCUAUUGUUGUGUAUGUUUUUUGGGUGGGCAAAGUAGACUACACACAUAAUCUCAUUUUCUCGCUUCUCUGCAAUUCUUCACGUUUGAAUUUGUUGACAGUCUUUCAUUUUCAGUUUUUCCUUUUACUCAUUAUUCUUGCUCUGAAGGCUAGAAUCUUUGUGGGAUUUAAACUUAACUAAUUUUACGCCCUGCUGUGGUGAACAAUGAAAGAUGUUCACCACAAUGAAAAUAUUUUAAUAAGUCAUCAUGCUGAAGAAGUUUGUUUCAAAAAUAUAUUGGGUUAGAUUAAUUUUCGAGCAAGUGUGUUGAUUUUCAGUGGACGAAAAUCUUGUACCGGAAUAAUUGAAAGCAUAUUGCAUUCUUUCUUACAUUUCUCAAGGGCUAAAGAUGUAAUAAAUCAUCUGGCCCCGGUUGUUCAAACGCUGGAUAGCGUUAUCCACCGGAUAAAUCACUUUCCAGCGGAUAAGUAUUACGGAAAUCAAUUACGCUAUCCACUGGAUAGUGAUUUAUCCAGUGGAUAGCGCUAUCCGACGUUUGAACAACCGGGGCCUGUAGUAACACCAAAGAGAAUUUCUCAUGGAAGUCCAAGAAAAUGAAUGUCAAAUUUCACAAGAAUUGUGAUUACACAGGUAAAGUUCUGAAAAUUUCGUGUGUUAGGUGUAAAAAAAUUUGACAUUCAUUUUCUCGUGCUCCCAUAGGAAAUUUUUUUUGGUGUCGCUACAGGUGAUUUAUUACAUCUUUAGCCCUUGAAAAAUGUAGAAAGAAUGCAAUAUGCUUUAAAUUAUUCUGGUACAAGAUUUUUGUCCACUGAAAAUCAAAAUUAUUUGAUGUCCUGGUGGAUUUCAUCUUAAAUAUUUUUCUUGAUCAAAAUCAACUACAAAAUUAUUCUUGUCUCAAUAGUGACUCUGGUCUUGCUCAAGAAUCUCCAAAGACCCCUGAAGGCAAGGAGUAAGUGAUUAAAUGGUAGAUAAUUAUGACAAUUUAUUGUACAAAAAAAUGUUAUUUUAUUCAAAUAAAUCACAAAAUCAGCAAGUACAAUAAUUUAUUAUUGUCUUUUACUCAUGUAUAGAAACCAUAUUGUGACUCUAACUUCCUAGACUGUUCACAGUCCUCUAUUUUUCCAUAAGAUCAUGGAGAUUGAGCACUUUGUGUUACAGGCUGCCAUCUUGCUUGAGUGUCAAAACUACUUAGGGGACGGGGGUGGUUUGGCCCUCCUCCUACUAGAGCUAUAAUUCCCCCACUCCCGCCCAGUCAGUACAUUUGAAAAUCAAGAUGGCCACCAUUAACGAUAAGACGCGCUAUAUCUCGACGAUCUCAUGAAAAAAUAGAGUACUGUGAACAGUCUACUAACCUCCCAUCCCAUCAUCUCAUUUUACUGAAACUGUACAAGGUACCUUGUUUAACUGCACCCUAUAGCUUGUAGCAUAGCAUUAUUUCACACGUUAAAGGUUGCAUAUUGUUGUUAAUAUUGCAGGAUUGUCCAAAAGGUGAUCAAUGAUACUAUCAAAGAGCACCUGUUUGGUCCUGAGCUUACUUCUACAGAUGAUAAUAGUCCACACUCACCAGAAUCUGGUGAUGAAGGUACACUUAAGUACACACCUUUUAUCUUGUUUCUUGUUUGUAUCUUGGGGGAGGUACUGCCAUACAUGGGCUAUAUAAGUAUGUGCUGCUACAAAGGGUAUGGUGUUCAAGCCGUUAAGGUGGCUGAACACAGUUUUGCGGGCGGUCAGCGGUAACUCACUUGAACGCGCGUGUUUUUAAUUAGACAAACAAACAUGACGGCGAAAAAGCAAUGAUACACAGAAGACGAUUUCUCAAAAUCUACUCAUUAAAAUUUUGUGAUAUUUUAUCAUAUUUUAGAUAAUGAAAACUUUAAAAUGGAAGUUGAACAGACGAAUUUCAUGACAUAUUUAAUAAUUACGGUACAAUUAUAUUAUUGAUUAAAAUUUGAUCAAAUAAGUUUCAAAUGGUAAUGAUUAAUUACAGUAAGCUGUGUGCAAGUUUAUAGGAAAAUCUAAUGAGCGAAUUUUAUGUGAACUGAACAAAAGUGAAAUUUUAAGGUUGUAUUCAAUCGUUCAUGUUGCCAUGGAAACUACGAAAACGUCAAAUUUUACCUGUCAAUCACAAUCUUUUACUAGUAUAUUUUUCACCUGCCAAGUUUCAGCUUGUGAGCUGCAACCUUUCUCUUGCCAUGAUUUGGCAAAUGACAUACACUCACAAACUGCCAAAACUGUGUUCAGCCACCUUAACUCUAGGAUAGGUUCUAGAAACCAGGCCCCAGUUGUUCAAAAGGUGGAUAACUCUCUAUCCACUGGAUAGUGCAAUAAUUGUUUGUCGUACUGCUUAUCCACUGGGUAGUGAUUUAUCCCAUGGAUUCCUCUAUCCAGCGUUUGAACAGCUGGGGCCAGAGAGUUUGAAUCUAUAAUGGGGCAUCAUUUUCCAGAAAACUGAUCAAUUGGUUGAAGAUUUUUGUCGAGACUAGGGAAACCAGGAAUUGACACUGAAACAAGGAAAUCAGUAAAUUUAAAUAAAUUUACCUGCAUCUCAGUUUGAUAGCAUAGAAAGCAUCAGUAGAUAGCUAUAACUGAAAAUAGCCACUCUAGGAUAGGGAGGGAUUUGGGGAGUUAAGUCUAGUAUAAGGUCCCAGCAGCAUAUCCCCACCCAAAAAUUCGUAAAGUACCCCACUAGAACUUGUCCACAAGACCUAAACAUUCAUGCAGUGAAAGAGACUUGUGACCAGGGUAGAGAGUUACUUGGUAACUUAGACCUCUUGCCAAAGUCAGAACUGGCCAGCAAGUUCAGUAGUUUUGAAAAUGAAAUAGGCUUGCUUCCAAAGUUUUGCUAAAAAAAUAACAACACUGUUGUCCAUGCUAUUCAGGAAUAGACUGGCUUGGCUAGACAGUCCUGAUUAAUAGUGAAAUUCUCUUUAUGGCUGCAUUUGUUUGCUCAGCCGGUCCUGACUAAUGGUAACCACCCUUAGCUUUUGCCCACAAAACAACUUACGUAACAGGUAGCAGAGCAAGCUAAAGUAGAUGGAGGUUUAAGUCUUUAUAGUAAGCAAUCAGAUGGUAUUCAAGAUUAAGUAGAUGUUGAUUCAGAACAGAAUGUACCCAGCAGAGCUUUGGAAGGUGUUCAGUUUUAUUGAAAGCCCAGCAUGUAGUUAUGAGCUCAUAUUGAAGGCAGCUGUUCCUUGCGCACAAGGUUUUGUGUCUUUGAGACUGGAGACAAACAAACUUUAUUCCUUUGAACUAGGUCCACCGCUGCCUAGCCGUAACUAUGGUGAAGACGAAACUGGUAAACAGAGAAGGAGGAGAAGAAGAAAUAAUAAGAAUCAGAAACAAGAGUCAGGUUUGUGCACUGGGAUUGUUGUUCACCUGAAAUAAGAUACAGACCUAGUCUGAAUCAGUUUCUUGACUGACUUUGUGAAAGAUAAGGUGGUACGGGUAAUUCUCAAAUGAAACAGUGGUGCUGCAUUGAUGGGGGGAGAAUAAAAUACAAAAACUUAGUUUUAUAUUCAUCUAAUUGCAAUGACGUUGUCGUAGAAAAUUGAAAAAAGAGAGAUUGCCAAAUUAGACAUGCUCACUUCAAUUAGGGAUCUGGCCCCAGUUGUUCAAACUUUGGAUAGCUCUAUCCACUAAAUAAAUCACUAUCUAGUGGAUAUGUUUUGUCUUUCACUGGAUAGAGGUUUAUCCAGUGGAUUAUGUCAUCCAACUUUUGAACAGAUGGGCCUUUUUUGAUGAGAGGAUGGUGCAUAAAAUGUCUUUAAGGGUGGCUAAUUUACUAGCCUGUUCCUGCCGUUCAGAUAGUGGAGUGCAUCGAGGAGGAUGAGAGGGAGAAAAGAGGGAAUGCUUCCCUUUGCUCUCACUUCCUACACCACCCCGUUGCUGAUGUUGCUGCUCACAUCUUUUUUGUGCUAUGCCCACAAUUUGAACGCCUGGAUCACUCUUGAUUCAGUUGAAGUCAACUGAAGAAUACUAUACUGCAAAAGUUUUUUCAGGAUUAUCAAAAUGCCAAAAUGUAAUUUGCAUUUCCAAUUAAUAUGAGUUUUCAAAGCAAAUUUUUUGUCGCUAGUGUAAGAUUGAAAAACUGAUAUGUAGAGCCAGAGCCCUUUGUCAAAAUGAAUUUUUGUAUAAGAUACAGUGAUCCAUUUUGUUAUGAUGAACUUAGUUUGAGCAUUAUCAUUUUGCGUUGUUCUCACAGAUACCAGUGCUGUGGUGGAGAGAAAUGAACGGGAAAAGAACCUCAUAAACACAGUCGAGUUUCUUGAAACAGAAGGGCGUGUCAAAGCAAGGCAACUGGAUAAAGAAAAAGUCACAAAACCUGUUAAGAAAAGACCCAAAUCUGAGGGAUAUGAACUAUUUGAAAGGGAAGCCUAUGUUAUUGGUGUAGUAAGUGUCUUGCCUUCACUUCCUAAUGGUAUAGCUGCCUAUAAAAGUUAUUGAUUGGACAAUGGCAAACCAAAAUUUGCCCAUUUUCGGCAGUGUUGACAUCCUACUUGCGGUCCCGCAUGGUGACCGUACGUAUAAUAUAUGUCCAACAUAUUGACGUAAUUGGACGUAUGUCCUUUCAUAAGAGAAAAUUAUUCCCAGCCUUGCAGUGGGGAAGAGCUAGGCUUUGGAAGUUUUGAAAGGAGUCCUUGCACCAAGAAUGCGCACCUUUACAAUCCUUAAUCUCAAGCAUAAUCAAAAUACCUUCAACCGCUUUAAGAACUCUAACAUAACACUUACUAUGAACACUACUGACAGUUUUAUUUAGGCAAAUGUUCCUUGAUCUCUAUGUAGGAAGCACAAUUCACCAAUGUAUUUUCGGUAAAGUCCCUGUAUAAAUCAUUUUCAUUUGAAAUUAUUGACUCUUUUGUGUAGUUGGAGAGAAAGUGAAGUAGUUAAUUUGCUAGCCAACACACCUAUCUCUCUGUUGAUUGCUACAUUUGUAAGUUGAAUUGUAUUUCCCUCAAAAGGACAAUAACAGUAACAACGUACUCAGUUCAACCUUUCCUGGAAGCAAGGGGAGAUCCUUUCAACAUAAACAAGAUGAAAUAGUAAUGGUAAGUUCAUAACCCGAACGCCCUUCCAAUUAAGAGUAAAGUACUUGAAAUGGUCUCAGUAUCUCCUUACACAUUCUGCUUACUGUGGUCUGUCCAUUACCUCUAAUGCUAUGAAAAAUAACAUUACUGAUUUAAAAAGCGGACGUCUCUUUGGUAAUCAUUUCUAUGAUUAUUCUCAUUACAGUGAAGUUUGAAUGAUUCAGGAGUAAUAUUGUAUUGGGGGAAAUAGUGGUUGGUGACUGCUAGAGUUCCUAUUCACUCGCACCUUUAGAUAGGCACAAGUUUAUCCCGAGUUGAAUGGGCAGAAAACCUAGGCAUUAUUUUGCUGAUCAUCUGUGUGUUUGAAACAACUAUUAGGCUAACCUUUUCACCCGGUCAACAUGCAAUAAAUUUAGCGUUUGACAUUUGUUGCUUAGGAUGAUAAAGGAUCAUAUGAGGAGAUAUUGACUACCAGUAGUGGAAAAGAUGCACUGUCCAUGGUGAAGAGGAACUCUGAAAUGCUUGGUUCUUUAACCCAAGGGCGAGCACCUCCGCCCAAGAACAGGCGUAGUCCAAGCUUAAAGAAGCGAAAAGAAACAAGAGAGAGUUUUACAAGUGAACAAGAGUUUGACAAGGUACAUUGCCUGUUUGGCCUUAACAUGAAUAUGAAGUUUAAGCAGCGUCGUUUUUAAGCGACGCUCUUCAACCGGAAGUGGACUUAUUGCACUCUUGAGCCGUGAGUUUCAACACAUGUUUGGGCAAGACAUCACUAUCCCUUUAAACCCUAAGAUCUAAAUUUGAAUCCAUACAUGUAUUUGUUGCCCCUAUUCAUUUCCUACAGAAGAAGUGGGGAGAAGUUGAUAAAAUAUCAGGCAGAUUCAUGUCCGUAAUUCUCAUGACCACUAUGUUUUACAAAGCGUUGAUAUUACAAGGAGAAAUUUGAUGCUGAUCACUCUUAGGUCUUAAAGGGCUAUAAGAGUAAAGGCACGAAGUAAUGCAAUCUUGGUAGCUUUGAGGCAUCGCUCAAAUACGUCAUUGCUUAAACUUCCGAUAUUAUGGUAUGCAAUAACUUAAGAAGCCACGAACAGUAGUUUCCCUAGAGUGAGCUGAUGUUGGCGAAUCUGGACUCGUCGAGAUCGAUAAGUCUAUUGGCGCUUGGGACUGGGUCCGUGUUGAGUCGAACUGCACUACGGUGCUCUUUUGGGGGCGGAGUUUGUUCUAGUGUCCUGCGCAACUUCGUAAUAGUCCACUUUCGAAUUCGUCGCGGCCGCUGAAUAAAGGCUCUGAAGACUUAUUUAUUCAGGAUUAGCCUCGACCUAAAGUAAAAUAUUCACAAAUACCAGCGAGAAGGUGCCUGAAUUUGAGUUCAAAACAAUAGAUACAAAUGUAAACAGGUCUUCUUCUCACUGGAAUUUGUGAAUAUGUUUACCGUAGGUCGAGGCUAACCCUGUAUAAAUGAGUCUUCAGUGCUUCUAUUCAGUAGACCAUUGCCACCCAAAACAGUUCCAUAGUACAUUUCGACACAACAUUGACCCAGUCUCGCGCGUACCCCAAGAAAAUAGCCAAUUAGGAGAGGGAUUGUUCCAAAAGUAGGGUCAAUUGUAGUUAGAGGAACUUGUAUUUAUGGGUAUUUUCAUAAUACAGACACGUCUGUUCCAGACACCUGCAUGAUAUGGAAACCUCUGUAACAGAUGCUUUCUAUCUUCCAUCUAUCAGUGUAGCUGGGUAAAUAGUAAGCCUACCUUCGUGUGGAACAUGCUAACUUUCCUGUGACGUUUUUAGGUGAAGCAAACCAAACCUUUAGUACACCCAUUAGUCGAUGAAGCAAAAUCCAAAGGUAAAGUGAGGACUACACCGCCCAAAUCACCCAGAUCAGGACGAUCACCAAGAAUGCAGCCUUCAGCUUCGUCACCCAGGCAAGAGGUAAGGGUCAGCCCACUCAGUCCUCCGAGUUCCACAAAACGAAUAGUUUGUAAUGUGAUGAGGUUUGAAAAGCACAAUCAAUCAACGCCAUAAUCAGCUCGACAUGCUUUCAUGAGUAAUUUUUGUUGUGAAUGUAAUGGCUUACAAAUGUAAAACUCGGGUUAGUCUGCCGACAAGAGGGAGACAAAGAAAGAGAAGAAAAAGUGUUAAGCAAGACGUACCAAUAUUACACCUCUUUUGUGGAUUACCUUGCAAAAUAAUUAAAUUGUGUGUAUCCACUGCGAUUGUAAUACCUUUAACCCUUUCGCUGCCAAAUGUGGCCAAAGGCAAAUUUCGACCAAAUUUCCAAAUUUCAUUUUCAAAUAGCACCAUGUGUAAGUACAGACAGAGAGCUUUCAUUUGAAUGGUCACAUCAUAGGAUUUCGUCUGCAGACUCAAAAGUUAGACUCGCCUUACAAAACUCCAUCAAGUACUCUGGCAGUGAAGGGGUUAAGAUGCUGAUCAUUUCAUUAGUGUUGGAUGUUCUCUGUCAACAGGGUGACGUAGACCAGGUUGAUUCAUCACCUCUUAGACCCAGAAAAGAUGUCCUCACUAAACAAUAUAAGAAAAAACACCACGGCUCACCUAUUGUCCCUCCUCUGGAGCUUUACAAACUACAGCAGCAGGAUUCACUGCCGGAUUACGCACAGCUGUCUCCAAGGGAGCGAUAUGACGGCCUCAGCACCGAUGAAGCACUCUUGUCCCCACGCACUCGGCCCCUUACUGUUGAUACCCGGACGAUACCUCACGAGUGUCCCCCAUCUCCACCUCAUCAACAAGUUGAACAUUCGUGGUUUGAAAGAAGGUUAGUGUUGACCUUUUUGGCUUGUAUGUUUUGUUUUCUCAAUGCAGGUCAUGUGAUAAUACUCUAGAGAACUGUUCCUUUCAAAUUCCGUCUUAUUCACGUGCAUAUCUACGCAUAAUUUAUGAAAACAAAACAAACAAGCUAAAGAGGUCUAUUAACCCUUUAAGCCCUAGGAGUGAUCAGCGUCAAAUUUCUCCUUGUAAUAUCACCGCUUUAUAAAACAGAGUGGUCAUGAGAAUUGUAGACAUGAUCACACAAGAUGAAUCUAAUUGAUACUUCAAAAAAUUCUCCCAACUACUGCUAUUGAAAACGUAUAGGGAUAACAAAUGAGAAUUUGAAUUUUGAUAUUAGGGUUCAAAGGGUUAAACUCUUACUGACUGGUUCCGAGGGAGACAGUUUUGUUUCCGGGGAAUAUUCAUCGGUAGAUGUGUUGUGGUUCAAUUUUAUCCUUGGCUUAAAUUUUAUUUCCCCUUUGUUUUAAACUCGUUAUUAUACAUUACCAUACCCCGAAACAAAGGGAAGUAAAAUUUAAACCAAGAAUAAAAUUGAAACGCAACAUAUACAUCCACCUAUCAUCCUGCGGUGCCGCUUGGCUGGUUUCUUGAGAAGAGCUUGUUGCACAGUUAAAUAGUUAAGGCUCAAAGAAUGGAUGUUAUUUAUUUUCAGCAUGGGUAGGCUAAUCAAUACUCUUUUUAAUUACAUAUGUUGUCCGUUGUGGUUCAUAUUUAUGAACAAUAAACCAGAAAAGGAGAAAUAUAACAUUAUGUGACUGGCAGUACCCUGAGCAACAGAAAAUGCUUUUGCGACAAGCAUUAUAAUUCCGUUCUUAUUAAGCAAUCUAAUUAUGAAUCAUUUAGCUUCUAUGCAAUGAAGAAAAUCGCUUUUUUCAGGGUAUCGGGGUCUCCAAAAGAAGAAAUAACAAUCAAGCAACUUACCAAAGCAAUCAGUCAACUUAAGAAGAGAAUCCGGGAGUUUGAGGAUGCAUUCGAGGAAGAGCACUUGCGAAGGCCGUCACAGAGCGAAAAAGCACCUAUCAAAAAGUUCGUCACGGAAUUAGGCCGUGCGCGGAAACAACUCAAGGAACUGAAAGAACGAGCGAAGGACGAAGCUGGGCGACUCAAUGAGACUGUUCCACCAAUGGGCAGCCAAGGCAUGAAGAGCAGUAGCAGUGAACCACUCCUUACUACCACCCCGGUCAGUAUCGAACACUCACUUGAGAGCUCACUAAAGCGACUGAAGGAGAAAAGAGAGGAUGAUGGUAGACCUGAGGAGGUGGAAUUGAUGGGUAGGGAACAAUUACAGGACGAGAAGCUGGCCGUACAAAAGGCAUUGCUGCAGCAUGAGAGCGUAUUUGGUCGGCCUAGUAAUAAAAGAGACAAGGAUCUCAUGAGACCUUUAUAUGACAGGUAGCUAAAGGACAUUUUUCCUAGAUCACUAAUAUUAACUUAAGUGUUUAUUUUUUCACUGACAAAUCUUGUUUUCACUAUCGUCUUCGCGUGCGUAGUGUAACGUAUUUCCGUUUGCCCUUGAAAUCUAUCGGUUCAGAAGAAAAAAAGGCAAUGCUAUUCACAAAGGUUUGAAAAAUUAUUGGUUUAGUCGUGUGUUGUGAUGUACCACCCAGUUUGUUAGUCAUUACUCACACUAAAAUUGAAGACUUGCUUUGUGGGCGAUUUUAUAUGCUUCUUCUUGUUCUGUACUCCACUGUUUCCCGGUGGUUUAUGAAUAAGAUGAUUUAGGUUUUUAUGAUGCUUUAGUAUCCCAUCAUCUUUUAACUGGAUUUAUUUCCCUAAUGUUUGCAUUUUUUGCUCGUAGAUACCGCAAUAUCAAACGUAAACUUGCGAUGUCUUCGUCCGAAUCGCCAAUGAAAGUCGUAGGAAAUCGUCCCCGUACUAGUUCAGUGGACCGACUGGUGUCAGAUCUGGCUCCUAUUCACGAAGACGCACCCUUACAUUCGCCCAGUGGUGGCUCCCCUUCCAGAAUGACUCAAUCACUUCCGAUCACUGGCAGGGUAAGCUCUCAUCUGUAGGUUCAUAGAUUAACUGUUAGGCCUAGACCAAACGUCGAACAUUUCAUGAGACGAACCAAACUCUAAUUUGGGUCGACCUAACUUAAGUUAAGAUCGUCUGUUGGGUCAAACGUCGAACUUAGGACGCGUCGAACCAAUGAACUGAAUCAGACCAACAAGCAAUUUUAGCCGGCCAGCGGGUGUUCAGUAUCAAAUUGUCUCCCGAAAGAGGCUAAAUAUACAUCAUCAUACAAAUUUUUUAUUUAUUAGUGCAGUUCGUCUCAUGUGAAGAUCGACGUUUGUCCCUGGAAAACGUUUCUGAAGCUUACGUUUUAUCCGUCUGAUGCAGACGGAUAGAACGUGUUCAGACGAGCUUAACUGAGCCAGACGUCGACCUUUUCAUGAAUUUAACUCACUAGGUUUGGUUCGUCUCAUGAAAAGUUCGACAUUUGGCCUAGUCCUUAGUGUUCUGACGGAAAUGUUGAGUGAUCAGGAAACUCUUUGACAAGAAUAUGGGUGCAACGUGUACUCCAUGGGUUUUGACCUUGGCUUGUUUAUUUAUCAGGGUAAUUGCUUCUCGUCUUGCUGGAGAGACAAAACUGAGAGAAAACUCGGCAACAUAUUUACAUGAUGUCUUCGACAGUUUUGUUUGAUGCUUAAAUUGUUUUGUGUCUCAGGGGUCACCCAGAAGUCGUAAAGCACAGGAGGCAUCCUUCAUGGACACAUUAGAUGGAGAUGAUGAUGGACUGGGGGACACAAUACAGGACACCAUGACUAUUAGUGAUGCUGCUCAGCUCAGAGAGGACGCCAAGUUUCAUGAGAUGACUCAGUAUGUGUGCCUUCUCAAGUAGAAAUCAUGAUUCUGUAGGGUUUUUUUCUCCCCUAACAUGUUAAUAGGGAGGUUUAACAACAACGACGGCGACCGCAACAAGAACGUGAAAAAACAGCAACUUCGCUCGUGCAUCACGCUUUUUUUGUACAUUUCUUUGCCGUCACUGCACGACUACGACGUGAAAAUGCCUCAUUUCACGUUUUAUAGGGGACGUAAACAAGCCAAGACAAAUUUUUGUUUCUCUUUCUCAACGUACGUGCGGUCCGUAAGAAAUCAACUCCAGGGAAAAUCGCCUAUCUUUGACAUUUUUAACGAAUUGGAAUAAACGCGACAAUGUUUGAGCGAGAAGCCACAAGGCCACAAGGGCAUUUUGAUAUAAGAACAUUUCUUUCAACUUGAAAUGUAAAACUGACGCUUUUCUAGGCUCAAUUUUCGCCGCUGUCUCGAAUGCUGGUGAGACAACCUGUUAGUGGUCAGUCGUAGGUGGAUGGUAUUGUAAGUUUGUAAAGUCAUUAAGAAGCGAAUUAGUUCUUGAUGAACAAACUUUGCUUCAGUCUAGGUGACUGCAAACUUUUCAAAAGAUUUUGGUUAUUCUCUUUUUUCCAUCUCGCUAGCCAGAUACUAGCCUGUGUACAGACGCCCCCUCCUCUGAGGGGAGGGGGCAUCUGUACACAGGCUAACCAGAUACCAUUUUACUGUUUAUAUAGUAUUAAUAUUACAUUCAGUUGAUAGAGCUUGCAAAUAUUGUUUUGCCUUUUUAGAGAUGAGUUAAGUGAACAGCUAGAACUGAAACGUAAAGAGAAAAAGAAACUAAGGAAGAAGCUAAAGAAAUUUGAAGACGAAUUCUUCGAGAAAGCAGGCCGGUAGGUGACUUGGGUUGUUGGUAAAGCGUUGCGUAUCUGUUUAUCCCUUUUUUCCUGUGUGUUCCCCCUUCAAUCACCACCCCCUUUUCCCUCACACAACCAACAUGGGAAGAGCACCACAUCUCCAGAAAUUAAGCUGUGUUGGUUUCUCGCUUGUUUCCCUAGUCACAAACCCGCGUAUCGUCAACCCCGCUUUACGGACACUGUUUAUUUGCACUGUCUAUGACUGAAUAUCUUACCAAAGAAAGCCUAUCAGAAACGGCAAAUAACCUUUAAAAGGUUCCGUCUAAUAUUCAGUCCAUCUGGCUGAGCCGCAACUAAAACCGUUUCUACAGAGUUAAGUCACAGAUUCUAUUGUCUUGUUUCAAGAACAAUACUAAAAGGUAGAAUAUAAAAGAUCGUUAGGGUGCUUCGGGAUGAACUUGUUACAGUUACAGUUAAGAAAUAAAACAACCUUUUUUUCUUGAAAACGUUUGCUUUCGUGUUUUUAUUGAUAAGCUAUGUGUCCGUGACGCUUUUUCUUAGAGCCCGCUUAAUUCCGAUAAUAAGUAUAAUAAGGAUAUUAUGGCAUGUCCCCUUGAUUUCCGUAUUAACCGGGUUCCACUGUACAGAGUUCUUUAAUUAAGCUUUAUUUACAAUGCUUUUCAGGCGAAUUCAAAGAGAAGACAGGGGUGAUAUGGAGCCUGAUUAUCACGAGUAUAAGGUACGUUAUUUCUUUUACAGCACAAGACAUUCGCCUUAAAAACUGUUAGUAACGUGUUUACUUUGCCGUUCUAUCAUUGAAGCUAGUAGACCUUUGUUAAGCGAGUACUGGCCUCUACAAGGGCGCUUACCAAAAGUCAGGACUGGCUGGCGGGCCGGACGGGUGAUUUUGAAAACAAAAUUUUUAUCUUUUCACGAAAUGUUCGGGGAAACCUCUAGUCCGCGAGCAGUCUCUCUCUUCAGAUUAAGAGAGGGGAGUGCGCGCGCGCGCAGCCCCCGCCUUCAGUCACCCGCGUGGUCAUUUUCGUGUCUCGUGCGUUUCGCUCAACGGACUAAGAAAAAAAGGAGACCGCUCAUAGUUUAGUCCUGACCAAUACUGGAAUUCUACUAACGACUGGACUAGUCUGACCUGGCUUUUUCAAACAAAUUGUAACAUUGAAAGGGAACAUGAUCUUCGCAGAAGAAUCAAUGACCUAAGCGGUUCAAAAAGAAUCUGAAAAAUUCAGGCUUGACCGGGAAUGGAACCCUGACCUUUUGCCAUAACCGGACGCUCUAUCCAUUGAGCUAAUCGAGCCAACUGGAGAGCUGGCCAUUGUGAGUUCGUAAUGUACCUGAUGGUGGAAAUGAAACAAACUGAAAUGAAUGAAAAUGAAUCAUAUUUGAUAUGAAUCAUAAUUGUAACCCUAUGACAGUGUUACAGUAAACACCCGCAUAUAAGAACAUAUGAUUUCGGGGUUCAGGCUGAUCUAGUUCCUAUUUAUCUGGUGCUUAGUGAGAAAUCAGUCUGAAGAUGUUCUUAAUAUGUUCUUAAACUUUGUUUUAUAAAUAAAAAAAAUAAUAAAUUCAGAUAGUUUAUUACAUGUAUUUGACAUUUAUAUCCUUCAGCUAGUUGCAGCAUAACAUGAUCCUCCCGAGCAUAAAAUCCUAAAGACACCCGGGCAACUGUUGUAGUUGUGUCAUUUUCUAGUGGCAACCAUUAUAGUUACAUUACUUUCUUGUUCCAACACCCUCCCCCUCAUUAUAUAAGAACAUGUUUUAUUUGCCAGGCUGAACUGGUUCUUAUAUACAUGGUGCUUUAUCAGGGUGCAAAGAAAAUCAUUUUUACAGCUUGCCAUUCGGGCAAGCUGAAGCUAGCAUUUACUAGCCCAGAAGUCAUUUCAACUAGCCCCAAAAGCUUUUUGUUCUUCUCUUAUUAAAAUUCCUCAUAAAACAUCACUUGCCCGUCGGGCAAGUUAAAAACAGAAUUUACUAGCCCGAUAGCAAAAUCCACUAGCCCCGGGCUAUCGGACAGUACUUUCUUUGCACACUGUUUAUGGGCCAAAUUUCAGCCUGAUGUUCUUAAUCCAUUUGUUCUUAUAUGCGGGUGUUUACUGUAGUGGUCGGCACAAAUGUUUACUUUGUUUCUGUUUCUUUGCAGCACAUCAAGCACCAGUUAAAGCUUAUAGAAGCUUUGUUAAACAAACGAAGAGUCAUUAACACGUUAUAAACCGCAGACCUACCAAGAUUUAAGAUUGUAUAUACUAUUGCCUUUAUUUGUUAAAAAUAAGUCAUUAUUGUAUGUUGAAUUUUGUAUAGAGUUUUACCAGAGAUAAAGAAGUUAUUUUUUGUUU